AUGGCCGCGAUCAAGGAGGUUAUGGGCGGCAAGGUCGUGACCUUGACCGCCAAGGAGAUCCCUGUAUGUGGAGGCGGGGGUACCGUUUGCCUCCUCAAGGAUGGCACGAUCCGCCUGCGCUGCCGCGGCAAGGCGUCGCUCCUCAUCAACAAAGUGAAUGCCAGCCAGCUCGUGCUCAAGACGGGCAACGCUGCAGUCCUUGGCAUCAAGGACGCGUUCAACGCCAACGGGUCGCUCCAGAAGUACGUUGUCGUUGACGCGCCGUCGUCGCUCGAGGCUUGCACCACCGUGGACCUCACGAAGAAGCGCCCGGCGCCGGCCAAGGUCGAGCCACCGGCUAAAGUCCGUCGCACAGUGCUCGAAGACAGCGAAAGCAGCGAUAGCGACCGCGACGUCGCGCCCAAGAAGACUACGCGCCGCAACACGGUGAUCGUCGACACGGACGACGAGGAGGCUGCGCCGGAAGACAGUACAACCGAAGAGUCGUCGCCGAAAGCGACCCUGGACGAGGAUGGCGUCGAGUCCAUUGACGACGAUGACGAUGACGAUGUGUACGUGAUCGAGGUCAAAGCGAAGCCAACGGUACCAGAAACCUCGUGGAUGGCCAAGUACGGGCGGUCGACCUUUACGCCCGGCGACACGAGCGGGGACAGCAAUGGAUGGAUCACGGCGCCGCGAAAACGGAAGGACGCGACGGACCAGUGGACGGCGAAGAAGCUCGAGACGUUCAAGAAGCCCGUGGCCAAGACGCGGAAACCGCGCAAACGAGUCGCGUCGUCGGAAGAGGAAGAAGAGGAAGAUGAAGACGAUGCGUCAGGCGAAUCGGAUGGCCUCGACGAAACCGACCACGGUCGGCGGCCGUCGACGAAGCAGUCCCAGAAGGACGAAGUCGGCGCCAUCUUGAAGACGUGCGAAGCGCUGGCAGAGACGCUGAGGACGUCGGUGUCGCAGUGGUCGUCCGCACCCGAAGCCGCCAACGACGAAGAAACCGCGCUCGUGGCGGUCGACGACGACAAGCAGUUUGUGCGCACGGCGGACAUUCCGGGGCUGAGUCCGACGCUCGUCUUGAAGCCGUACCAGAUUGUCGGGGUCAACUGGCUGUACCUGCUGUACCAGCACAAGAUGUCGGCCGUCUUGGCGGACGAGAUGGGUCUCGGGAAGACGGUGCAGACGAUCUCGUUCCUUGCGCUCCUCUGCAGCAAACAAAGCUCGCCCCACUUUGUGAUCGUGCCGGCGUCGACCUUGAGCAACUGGGUCCGCGAGUUUGCGCGGUUUGCGCCCAAGCUGCGCAUCCUCACCUACUAUGGCGACAAGGAAGACCGUAUCGCGAUGCAACAUGCACGAACCGAGUUUGACGUGCUCCUCACCACGUACUCGUACUUUGAGCGCGACGCGUGCGCGGACGACCGGUCCUUCUUCCGCAAGUUCCAUUUCGGGUAUGUUGUGCUGGACGAGGGCCACUCGAUCAAGAACGCCAACACGUCGCGCUUCAAGCGCAUCGCGGCUGUCCGGGCGCGCCACCGCCUCGUGUUGUCGGGGACGCCGAUCCAGAACAACCUCAGCGAGCUGCUCUCGCUCCUCAGUUUCCUCAUGCCCAAGAUCUUCAACCACGGCUCCGAGCAGAUGAUGGACUUCUUUGCGGGCGACCAGCAGAGCACGACGUGCGCCAAGAUCCGCCGCAUUCUCGCGCCUUUCAUUCUGCGCCGCAUGAAGAAGUACGUGCUCACGCAGAUGGUGCCGAAAGCCGAACAAACGAGCAUCCUAACGCUCCCGAACGAGCAGCGGACGAUCUACGACGCCCUCGUGGCCGCGGCCGUCGCGACGAAGCGCGCUGCUAAGGACAAGGAGGCGGCGCGCAAGACGAAGAAGACUCCGACGGGCGUCACCCGGGAGAUGCGCGACCUCCUCAACCUCGACAGCAACAUCUUUGCGGGGCAGUCGGACACGGCGAUCUUUACGCAGCUGCGCAAGGCGGCCAACCACUCGAUCAUGCUGCGACACCACUUUCGCUGCGACGUCAAGAUGAAAACGCUCGGUGCGCACCUCUACAAGCUCGGCGCCUUUGGGGACCAGUGCACACGCGCGAUGGUCGACAAGGAGAUCGAGUCGUACUCGGACUUUGAGCUGCACGAGUUGUGCGUGCAGUACGGGGACAUUAGUUCGGAGCUUCGAGCGCUCCAGCUGCCGGCCGACGUGAUCCUCCAGUCGGUCAAGUUUGACUUUUUGAGGUCGCUUCUGCCGACUCUGCAGACGGACGGGCACCGCGUCCUUAUUUUUUCACAGUGGACCAAGCUGCUCGAUCUCAUGGAGGUGCUCAUGGAGUACUUGGGCUACAAGUUUCUCCGGCUCGACGGCUCGACGUCGGUCUCGGAUCGGCAAGCGCUCAUCGAUCAGUUCAACGAAGACACGUCGAUUUUUGUCUUCCUUCUCUCGACGCGCGCGGGCGGUCUCGGCAUCAACCUCACGGCGGCGGACACGGUGAUUCUGCACGACCUGGACUUCAACCCGACGAUCGACGCGCAGGCCUGCGACCGCUGCCACCGCAUCGGGCAGACCAAGCCCGUCACAAUCUACAAGCUCGUCGCUGGUGACACGGUCGACCAAGCCAUCCACAACAUCGCCGAGCAAAAGACCCAACUCAACGACGCCGUCCUCGGCGAGCUCGGCAAGUCCAAAACGACCAAGUCCUCGAAGGCCGGCAAGAACAGCUCGACCGCGGACGUCCAAGCCAUCCUCUCGUCCGUGCUCUCAUCGUACACUGCGCAAUAA